AUGAUCGCCCUGAAGAAGCUGUACGGCGACGAGCUGCUGCGGCUGGCGCUGGUGCUCAGCCUGCUCAAGUCCAACCCGGACGAGUACCUCCACAACGAGGCGCUACAGCUCACCGCCGGGCUGAACAUAUCCGACGGCUCGGAUUGGUCCUUCGAGCCGGAGGCGCGCACGCUGAUACGGCCGCGCCAUGUCCACCCCAAGUCGCUCGACAGCGUGCUGCUCAGCUACGAGCGGCAGCUGUUCGAGGAGCUGCACUCGCUCGGCCGCUACGGCGACCGCUACGCGGAGAACGCGGCGCGCGUCCGUAGCGGCGUGCUGCACACGUAUCUACUGAACGACGUGUCGACGGACACAGUCGCGCCGGUGCUGUCGCCGGCGCAGGUGGCCGACGCGGCGCCCGACGGCGUCUCCGCCGACGAGAACGUCGCCCAGGAGGUGAAGGUGGACGGCGAGGGGGCGGAGGGGGGCGCGGCGGCCGCAGCGGACCUGGUGGUGACGCUGUCCGCGGACUUCUUCGAGAACCGCACCGAGUCGGACGUGUUCGCCGAGAUCGCGUCGCGGUCGUUCGACGUGAACGAGCUGUUAGUGCCGCCGGCCGAGAUGCGGAUCAAGAGCGAGCCCCGUGAGCCCCGCGAGCCGCCCGAACUGGACGUGAGGGUGAAAGUGGAGCGCGACAGCGAGGACCUCUACAGCGACAACGCCAUAGACGAGUUCGUGCCGUACUUCAGCGCGAAGACCGGGCGCCUGGAGGCGGGCGGGCCGCACUCGGUGUACCACGAGAACCUGGCCGACCUGCGCGACUACAACGAGAUGUUAGAGGACACGAAGGGGCUGCGGAACGAGCUGGAGCUCGACGUGAAGCAGCAGCAGGAGAACCUGGAGCAGUACCUGCUGGAGAACACGCCCCUGGACGCGGAGGUGUACGAGCUGGCGCCGAUGUUCGAGGAGGAGCUGGUGCUGGACGUGAAGAGGGAGAGGGCGAGCACGAGUUUCACGUCGGCGAGCUCCAGCGGCGUGAGCGAGAUGGACACAUCGUCGAAGGACAGCCCCGACGUGAAACUGGAGCCGGACGAGGGGCACCACAGCGGGGACGAGCUGACGCAGGAGGAUAUGGAUCUCAUCGAGGUGCUGUGGAAGCAGGAUGUCGACAUGGGCUUCUCCCUGGAGGAACCCGUUCAACCGGAGGGUCCUCAGGCCACGAAGGUGGAGCUCGGCGAUGAGAUCGCGAAGGAGCUGAAGCUCGCGGAGGAAGAGAUCCAGAAGAAGAUGGAGGAGACGGAGAAGAUAGAGAAGGUGAAGGCCUCGCUCCUGGAUCCUGAGUCGAAAGAGGAUGACCCUUGGGCGGGACUCUCCUACACCGUGGAUACGGAGACAGGUGAAUACGUGAUCCAAGGCGAGCUGCCCCGAGAGCUGGUCGGCAGCGAGGAGUCCAGGUUCGACCUGCUCGAGGAGGCUCUGCAGCUCGUCGAGCUAGGUGACGAGGCGGAGACGAAGGAUGAACAACCAGAGGCGGUAGAGGGCAGCAGCAGCGGCGGCGACAUGCUACACCCGGCGAUGCGGCACGUGCCGCACCACCCACUCGCCCACUACCACAACCAGCCUGUACCUUGCAGCGACAGAGACGUCAGAGAUCAAAUCGAUGCACUUAUGGUAUCCACUACUACUCCAUUGGCG